CACUUGCAUUGCAUUUGCGUCGAUCGAGCUCGCCGGAUAUCACUUCGUCCAAGCUGGGAGUGCUUGCAGAAGGAGAGGGAAACAGGGAGUGUUCGUGAACUCUCUGACUCGUUGGUGUUUGGCCUCGGCAGCACAAGAAGUUUGUGCAAACAUGCAGCCCACCACCACCACGACGGAGAUGUGGCAGUGGCAGUGUGGCACGUGCCGAGCUGAUUGGAAGAUGCUGCGCCAGGUGACCACCACCUGCUGCCCACACGGCGACGGCGGCCGCUGCUGUCAGGGUCAGGUUACUCCGCCGCCGCCGCCGCCGUCCGCAGGAAACCCUUCUCCUCACCACCACCACCAUCACCAUCGCCGGGAGGAUGGUGCCAGCAGCCGGGCUCUGGCGGCGGGUGCGGAGGGCUCCAACGCUGACGCCGGGCGUCACACCACCACCACCACCACUCUGAUGAAUCCUGCGCCGCCCGUCGUCGCGGAGCUCUGCUGGGUCCCGGACCCUUACCUGAUGGUGCAGCAGCUCCGGGAGUUCGAGUCCCUGAACGCCGACGAGCUGGUGGCGCUCAGGGUGCAGCUGCAGGAGUACGCGGAGGAGAUCCACAGGAGCAGCAGCAGGGGCGACGGCAUCAACGCCGGGACCGGGAUGAACAUCAACUGGCUCCUCGAUCUCCCGCCCAACGUCAGGGACGUCGUCAUCUUGGCCAGGGACGUCAUCGAGUCUUUCAUCGCCAUCUCCACUGCUAGCGCACCACCAGCGGAUUAAGCAGCUCUGCCUGCUGCAGCUGUAUAGUCAUAUAUGGAUAUAGGUAGAUUUGCAGGUUACGAUGUGGGUCUGGUAUAAAUAAAUUUAUUAUGAGGGUACUGUUGUUUCUGAAUUCGUGAUCGAGUUGUGAAUUCAAUCUACUACUACAUCUGUUUUCGUUCCAAAAUAGUUUUAUUUAUCUUUAAGUCAAAUUUAUGUAAACUUCGACAAAGUUUGUACAAGAUACAUUACUAAUAUGUACUAUAUUGCCAAACAGGUACACUGUCAAGACAAACUUUUAUGGUAGAUUUAAUAAGGCCCCUUUGGAAUC